AUGCAAAGUUAUAUGCAGCUGAAGCUGAACCCUUGGAAGGCUUUGGAGAAGUACCAGAGUGAAAUAAUUCCAAUUUUUCUUAUUCAUCGCCCUGCUAAUAACAUCCCCUAUGCCACAGUGGAGGAGGAGCUGGUUGAGGAGUUUGUGAAAUACUCUGUCAAGGAUGGCAAGGAAGUGAAUUUCCUGAAAAGAGACUUGGAGGCUGGCCAGAAGUGUUGCACCUUUCAGCACUGGGUGUAUGAGAAGACCAAUAGGAACUUGCUUGUCACUGACCUGCAAGGUGUGGGGAUGAAGUUAACUGAUGUUGGCAUAGCAACCCUGGCCAAAGGAUACAAGGGGUUUAAAGGCAACUGCUCCUUUUCCUUCAUUGAGAGUUCAGAGCCCUCCACCAGUGCAAUGAGUACUGUGAGAUGCUGGGGCUGAAAUCUCUCCGAACCACUCAUCAAAAACAGAGGAAAGCAACAUCUACUAAAAGCAAAAAUCUGCCAAACUCAUCAAUGGUAAAGAAAAUGGUGCCUAAGAAGGCAAGAAAACCUAGAGACUUCAUUUCUUCAGAGCACUGAGUCUCACUA